AUGGUUCUGCUCAGAGAGUCGGUACGGCGUCCAUGCCUCCAGCGCCUGCCAAAUGCCCUCCGGGCUGGGCUAUCGCCCAAGUUCACCUCCCCACCGCAGCUGCAGACACACCAGAGGCUGCACCUCAGCUCUGCAAGCUCCGCGUCGCGCGACCUGGCCAGGUUCCUCAAGGUGUCGGACGAGGUCCAGGAUGCCAUCGCAACAAAGAAACCGGUGGUGGCGCUCGAGACGACGAUAUACACCCACGGCGCCCUGGGCAGAGACCUCCCCGAGGUCCUCGAGUCUGUCGUCCGUGAGAACGGUGCGGUGCCUGCCACCAUAGGCGUGCUCGAUGGUCUGGCCAGGGUCGGUAUGAACCCCGCCGAGGUCGACCGCAUGGUCCAGGAGGGCGCCACGAAGCUCUCGAGGAGGGACCUCGCCUACAUCGUCGGCACGGGCAUGACAGGCCGGAAACUGCACGGGGGAACGACCAUCGCCGGGACAAUGCUGCUCGCCCAGGCGGCCGGGAUCCGCAUCUUUGGCACCGGCGGUCUUGGGGGCGUGCACCGCGGCGGCGAGAACUCACUCGACAUCUCUGCGGACUUGACAGAGCUGGGCCGCACCAGGGUCGCUGUCAUCAGCAGCGGGCCCAAGGGCUUCCUGGACAUCCCGCGGACGCUCGAGUAUCUCGAGACACAGGGCGUCCUCGUCGCCACUUUUUCCGACGGCCGCAGCGGGGAUGUCGAUCUCCCUGCGUUCUGGGCCCGGGAGAGCGGCAUCAGGAGCCCCUUCACGGUGCAUGAUGAGCAGCAGGCGGCUGCCAUCAUGCUGGCACAGGAGCGACUGGGGGUUGAAAGCGGGAUGCUGUUGGCGAACCCGAUCCCCGCAGAGCAUGAGAUACCAAGGGAGGUGCUGGAGAAGAUCAUUGACACAGCUGUGCGCGAGGCGGACGAGCAGGGCUUCAGGGGGAACGCGAACACCCCCUUCAUCCUCAAGAGGAUCAGGGAGCUGAGUAACAACCAGAGUGCGCCUGCAAACUUGCAUCUUGUACAAUCCAACGUGGCCCGGGCAGCGAGGGUUGCUCACGAGCUCUACAAGCUUGAGGCGGGAGACGGGGCUGCAAGGUCGCAUUACCAACCAGCCCCACCGGUACUACGCGCGUAUCAGCAGGACGGUCAUGAGCUUCCAGAGGUGAAGGAUAGCCCAUCUAAAGCAGACAUCUUGGUCGCUGGGUCGGUUGCUCUCGACCUCAAUUGCAAUUUCCACAACGACGGGCACCCUGACCCCAAGCCCGUCUCACCCGUGCUGUACACGUCAAACCCUGCGGGAAUCACCCAGUCCAUUGGGGGCGUCGGCCACAAUGUCGCACUGGCUGCCCAGAGCGUACACCGCGCCCUCAAGGUCAAGCUGUGCAGCAUGAUUGGGAGCGACAUCGCCGGCGCAACGAUCCUCACGAGCAUGGAGAAGAACGGGCUGGACACCAGCUACAUCCGCCAGCUGGGGCCCGAGUACGCAUCCGCGCGGACAGCCCAGUACGUGGCAGUCAACGACGCCGAGAAGAGCCUGUUCACAGCCAUGGCGGACAUGGCCAUCUUGACGGCGCACUGCUUCCCCACGUACUGGGCUUCCAUCAUCAAGGCGACCAAGCCCAAGUGGCUGGUGGUGGACGGCAACUGGUCGCCCAAGGACAUCCACCACUGGAUCAAGACCGGAGGCCAGGGUGGCGCCAAGGUCGCGUACGAGCCCGUGUCCAGCGUCAAGGCGGCGGGACUGUUCCCCAAGGGCCACACGCUGCCUCUCUUCCCGCAUGCCGCCCUCAGCAUCGCGACGCCGAACCAGUACGAGCUGGCGGCCAUGUACACGGCUGCCAAGGACAACGGCUACCUGGACAGCAUGCCGUGGUUCGAGGUGGUCGACGCCUUCGGGAUGCACGGCGGCGCGAGGGACAGGUUCGUCAGGCUCACGUCGACGGAGAUCACGGACGCGGGGCUCCCCGUGCAGAGCAUCCAGCUGUUGCCGUACAUACCGACCAUCAUCACCAAGAUGGGGGACAAGGGCGCCCUGCUCACGACGAUCCUGGGGCCCAACGACCCGCGCCUGCUGGACCCGGAGCACGAGCGGUACAUCCUCGCCCGCGCGACGCCGGGCCACCCGUCCGUCGGGGCCGUCUACAUGAGGCUCUACCCGGCCGUGGAGCGGGUCGGCACGCCCAUCUCGGUCAACGGCAUGGGCGACACCUUCCUCGGGACGCUGGUCGCGGGCCUGGCGCUCGGGGGCAGGGCCGAGGACCUCGUGGACGUCGCGCAGAACGCGGCCGUCAUGACGCUCAAGAGCCACCUGAGCGUCAGCCCGGAUCUGGGGGCCCUGGGCCAGAAGCUCCUGGCUGCAUGCGGGCGGGACAAGUUCUGA